UCUGCCAAAAAAAGAAGCACUGCUGGUCAGUAGAAGUCCCAUCGAUUUUUUUUUUACCAUUCUGAAGAAAUGGAAAAAGAAAGUGUGAAACUGUUGGAUAAACUAAGGAGCUUGAAUGUAGGUUCAGAAAACAUUUGUGUCAUUGGUGUAUUUGGUAAAGGGUCGUCUGGUUCUUCCUGUAAUGGGCUCGUUCUCAACAACCUUCUUGACAAACACGUCUUUGAGAAAUAUUCAUUAUUUGAGCGUGUGCAAUCAGAUGAUCAGGGAGUUAAUAGUUGUUACAUUGAACCGUACUAUGAUCAAUCAAGGCACACGCUUUACCUCCAGCUUGUGUCUAUAUAUGAUGGUGCUCAACUGGCUCAUAUAUGUCGACUUCACCCGCAGCAUAUAUCAACAGCUGAUAGCCAUUCAUACUGGAAGAGCCAUGAAGGUCAACAUGCCAGACUCUUGCUCUACUUAUUUACCAUAUGCCACAUUAUGAUAGUCUGUCACCCUAGAGCUGUAUUCGACACCAGCUAUGUGAAACUUUUCAGAGCAUUGCAAACAACAAGGGAGAAGCUGUUGCCACAACUAAGUAGCAAUCUGAAAGGCAUGUCAGUGAGUAGACAAUGGCAGACAUCAGGACGUAUGUGUACACCACGCCUGCUCUUCAUUUGUCAAAAGAGUGACUUACAUGUAGAACAUGAUACUGACCCAAGGCUUGGAGGGCAAAACAAGAAAAAAUCUCAACGUAAAGUUCUUCAACAUCAUCUUGAAGAUCAGAUCUACAGGAUCUUCAGGAAAAGCCAUAUCCUCACAAAUAACAUGUCUCAUUGCCUGUUUAGUAUUCCGUUGAACCAAGCUUUUGUGCACAUUUUGCAUUCUGAUGAUCAAGUGAAGGAUACCAUACAUGAACUCAUCAACGCUUGUUCUCUGACCAGCAGUAGUGACAAAUCAGGUAACCACCAAUCAGAGAAGGGGGUAUUUGUGAUGCCUAUCACCAUGGAGACCAUUCCGUCUCUGACCGAUAAACCAGAUGAUACCUUGAGGGCUUUCGUUCACCAGCAUGUUGAUCUCAUAAUCAACAAAAAGGGGUUUGAUGACAGUCAAAGAGGAGCUGCAAUUUCACAUUUUGAGUAUCCAAGCAUGAAAACUUGGAUUGAAGUAGCCACUUCAUCUUAUCAAUUAUUCAUGAAUUUGACCAGUGACCCCAAAGUGACCUCUGCUUUGACCUACCUCCAGACUGCGUUGGACCAAGAUCUUAGAUUCUCAGAAAUGAGGUGCAAAAAAAUUUUACCGAUGGCGAGCCGAUCAUAUCAGGAGAAUGCUUCCUCACAUUAUACCAGUACUGUUCACAGAAACAAGCUCUUACAGGCAAUGAAGAUGUACUCCCAGCAUGCCCGUGGUCCGGGCUACGAAACCUUCGCGGCCCAGCUCCAGGAGGAAUGCGAACUCUUCUGGCAGAAUGGACGACAGCUCUGUGAGGUCAUCAGUCUGACCGGUCAUCACUGUAUACACAAGCUUCACCUACUACCGGGUGACCCUGAGUUAGACCCUCCGAGAGAGAUUGUCUUGAGCCAUCUACCCCAUACCAAUAACAACCAAACACCAUGUGCUUGUAACUGUGGCAAAUCGGUAGGCACCAGGGAAGAUCCGUUUGAUGUCAAGGUUGCCAACUACGAUUUCUUUGAAGAAUUGGAGGAGAAAUGCUGCAGCAAGCUUCAACAUUAUGAAUUUCCAGUCUACAGACCUCCUCCCGCAAGACGACCUUCCCAGCUGAACUGUGAGGGUGAUUCCAUUCCAGAUGAAGGGGUGUCAAACCAGCAGGAUGAGAUGCUCACUAAAUCAAUUGAAAAGAUCAAAUUAAGCAAUGGUAAGGAGCCAUGCAACCGUAGAUCGGGUAUAAUGACCCCAGAGCUUAGUCUCGGUCAAUCGGUCGCCAAUGAAGGCUCUGCUGAUCAGCCAGUGAUAGGAACAGUUGAUACCCUAUCAACACAAGAUGAACAACCAGAUCUUGAAGAGGAGGAAGACCAGGAGGAAGAAGAGAAAGAGGAGAGCAAUGAAGAGAACGAUGAAGAUGAAAUGGACGUUUCCGAGCCUCACUUUAGCAGACCCAUAGAGGGUAUGUUAUGUAGUACUACACCCCGAGGCAUGCUUCCUAAGUUCCCAUCCUGGUCACUGGUUUGUCUUGGUCCAGCUACACUGUAUAACCCAACAAAAGGUCUGGAGCAGCCAAACUUCAUGCGGGACAGCAAGCACCUGUUAUCUUGGGAUAUACCGAUCCCUAAAGGCUCUCUCCUGGACUCCGUCUGGCCCUCGCCUGGUGAGAUUGUGACAUCAUCAUCAAAGAAAGGAGGCAGGACAAGGGAUAAGAAAGAUACCUCUUCAGAUGGGCUUAGAGCAUACAUUGGCAAUGAAUACGAGUGUCCCAGAGGACAUCGGUUCAUCUGUUCUGGACCAGAGAAGGUGGUCAAGGUCGCAUCGGGGUCAGGCGGUCCUAAGGAAAGCGCCAAUAAACUCAUCACACUGGACAUGCCUCUCUACUUCUCCUGCCCAUGCAGAUCUAACAAACCUCCUCUAGGUCAGCUGAUCAGGUCGUUCAUCGUGACACCGCCUAAACCGGUGUACAUCAAACUCAACCCUAAAGUCAGACCAGGACCACACCCUACACCUGUCUUCACCCCUCUACCGGGUGAUGAGGGUAUUACCCUUACCCCUAGUAGUGUGUGGGUCCUAAGAUACCCAUUUGUGUAUGUGAGCGAGGCUGGUCCAGUCAUGCCCCCUGCAGACAAUCAACCCACACCUGGUGCUAAGCUUCUCAAAGGCCUCUACCUAGUGACCCUACAAGCACCUGAAACAUGAGAUGAUAGUCCAAGGAAAAUUUCGGAGAGGAAGUCCACGAGCCGCUGCAACAGCUACGACGAAGUCCUGACAGUGAUAGAGAAGGAAAUAAGCCUAGUGAGGUCAUCACCUUGUAAAAAGAUAUUGCCCUGUGAUUUGCCAGGCUCCUGAAGCAUGAGAAGACCAAACAGAGGUACAUUUUGGAAGAGAGAUAUCAUAGGCCAUUUUAAGAUUGUUGAUUAUCAAACCGUUGUCCUAGUUCAAGAGAAGACCUGGAGACCUUAGAAGAUCUUGAGAUGGCACAUGAUGAACCAAGGGUACAUACUGGAAUUGAGAUAUAAGAUAAAGCCGUACUAUGAUAUCAAAAGUCUUGUCCUUGUCCAACAGCGUUUUGAAGAACUCUAUCUGAUGUCCCUUCAGAAUCUUGAGAUAACAGACCAAGGGUACAUCCUGGAAAAGAUAUACCAUGAAUCACUGCAGAUCUUUGAUGAAGUCAUGCUUGGACACAAAACACAUCUUGACCUAGUCCAACAGCAUCUUGAAGCACUCUACCGGAUGGUCUUAGGUUAUCUGUAAACGAGAGUCCUUCGUUCUUCCUUGAAAGAAACUACUUGUAUUGCAUCAUCAUCAUCCUUGCUCCCAUUGCCUCUGAAGAACUUUACAAAUAUUCCAGCAGACUUGCUUUCAAACAGCACCCCUGUGUGCUGGCGAUUGGUUACUGAUGACGGUACUUGGUAAUA